GCCGCUCCAGCUCGCCGUCCGAGGCCAAAACCUACUAUUUAAGCUGGUCGGCGUCCCCUAACCCUGGCCCGUCCACCUCCUCCCUUUCUACGCCGCCACCCGAGCCCGCCCGCCUCCUUUCCCCCGCUCUCCAGCAUCGCCAUGGUCCGACGGCUGAUCACCAAGUACGCUAUGCUCACGUCGGAGCGCCGGAGGCAGACCGCAGAGGAGAUCCAAGCACGGGGCGCCGCCUGCAUCGCAGUCGGGCUGCCUCUGGACUCGCCGAAGCCAGAGGAGGAGGAGCAGCAGCCGGAGGACGUGGAGGGAGAGCCGCUGCCCGAGCCGAUGGAGGUGGCGGAUCCGCAGGAGGAGGAGGUGGAGCAGCCUGCUCCGAGGAGGGGGCGGGGGGUCACCAUGGCGGAGGCAGAGGCGGAGUUCGCCGUCACACAAGCCGUGGAGAUGGCGGAGCAGCAGGCUAUUCUGGAGUCCAUCCAGGAUGAGGCCUAUGUGGAGGCCAACUGGCAGUUCCUUCGGCAGGAGCGGGCGGCGUCCGACACGCUCAUCGCCGAACUCGACGUGGAUAUAGAGGCGGAGGAGGCCGGAGUGGAGAAGCCGAAGGCACUGGAGCUGCCGCUGCCGUCCAUGUAUCCACAACCGGGCAGGGAGAUUGUCAACAUCUCCGCGGACGGGCCCGGGUGCGUCUGCGAGCGUUUGAGGAUUACUACAACUCAUCUCGAUAAUAAAAGCUCGCCGACAUGCAUCGGUUUAGCAGGGGUCCAGUAUAGUGCAUGCAUGCAUGGAAAAGAGGAACAAGCACCACAUGCUGGGCCUGGCUAACAUGAAUGCCCCAAACGUAAGUCAGUUAGAUCUAGCAGCAGAAAGCCAUGCAGCAGGGAAUUCGAGGUUUGUCAAUCUCACGAGAUUGUCGUCCGUGAUCUUCAACUUCGCUUGCGUUUGCGUACGUACCAGUGAGCGGAAGGAAGCUAGCUGGCUUGCAAUUGCGCUACACGAACAAGGAAAGCCACUUUUCUAUUAUUUGGCAGGCCCAUUGCAAAAAAAGAUCGAGUGGCUGGCAGCGGUACACCAAGGAGCUGGUCGAAUUUGUAAAUAAAGCAGGUUAGGUAUGAAUGAACAUGUAUAAGCUUGACUUCAUAGCAAAUGUACAGGUUUCUGCAUUCCUUGCAUGCCUGUCAAUUACAUAGUAUGUACAUGAGCAACUCUAGUAAAUUCGUCGUAUCAUCGAUCCGUCA